UAAGAAGGUGAAACAAAAACUACUAAAGCCAAAUCGAAAUAUCAGAUAAAAAGCAGUUGCCUUGCUUUUGUCCGUAGCCCACAAAUAAACCUUUCCCUUCUGUGCCACUAAGAAAGAUUCAUAUCUUCAAACCCAUAAUACAAGAAGAAGACGAAGAAAGAGUUUGUGCUUUGGUGGACAGAGAUGGGGAGAGGCAAGAUUGAGAUCAGAAGGAUUGAGAACCCGAGCAACAGGCAAGUGACCUACUCAAAGAGGAGAAAUGGGAUCAUGAAAAAAGCUAAGGAGAUCACAGUUUUAUGUGAUGCUCAGGUUUCCCUGGUUAUCUUUGCUAGUUCGGGGAAGAUGCAUGAGUACUGUAGCCCUUCUACUACGUUGAUUGAUAUGCUGGACAAGUAUCACAAGCAAUCUGGCAAAAGCCGGCUGUGGGAUGCAAAACAUGAGGACCUUAGCAAUGAGAUUGAUAGAAUCAAGAAAGAGAAUGACAACAUGCAGAUUGAGCUCAGGCACCUGAAAGGGGAGGAUAUCACUUCUUUGCAUCACGAAGAGCUGGGAGUCAUAGAGGAAGCCCUUGAAAAAGGCCUUGCCACUAUUCGUGACAAACAGAUGGAAUACUACAAUAUGAAGAAGAAAAAUGAAAAGAUUUUGGAAGAUAUGAACAAGCGCCUGAGCUUCAUUUUGCAACAACAAGAGAUGGCUAUCGAAGAGAAUAUGAGGGAGAUGGAAAAUCCUUAUCAUCAACAGAGGGUGAGGGACUACAAUUCCCAGAUGCCCUUUGCCUUGAGGGUGCAACCAAUUCAGCCAAAUUUGCAGGAGAGGAUGUAACACAUGUAUCUGUGUAUAUAUGUCAUGUUAUGUAUCCAAAAUCCUCCAGCUCAAUAUUGGUUUCUUAAAGCUCUUUCAGAAUUCCAGUAGGGUAUAGAUGAGAUGUGAUCUCAUGCUUUUAAAGCACCCACUACAGUUUACUAGAACUAAAUCUUGUAUUAACUCUUGUGUGAACUUGACCUGGAACGCAACCACUGCAUAUUUAUACUUUGUGUUUUAUCAAUUUCAUAUUUACUAUGUGUUUUAUCAGAA